GUCUUUAUUAAUCUUCAAAUCUGCUCAUACUGCUCUAUUCUGACUGUGCCAGCUUGAUCAUUAUUCACUUAACUAACAAGUACCCCUACAAUGGAUUCGCCGAAUACAAACCCCUAUCAUUUACCCUCAGAUGCCGUCUGGUUCAUUACCGGAUGCUCUUCUGGAAUCGGUCAAUCCUUAGCUCAGUUCAUCACACAGACCUCAAACCGCGUGGUAGCUACGGCACGCAAAGUAUCAUCUUUAUCAAGCCUUCCAACUAACGACCGCGUUCUCAAGCUAGAGCUAGACGUCACUUCCAUCCCUAGUAUCGAGGCUGCUCUCCAAGCUACGGUAGACAAGUUUGGCCGCAUUGAUGUCGUAGUUAACAACGCAGGAUACACUCUCGUUGGUGAUACCGAAGCUGCUGAAGACCAGGAAUCCCGGGCAGUGUUGGACACGAACUUCUGGGGUAUGGUAGACGUGACUAAGAGAGCUCUGGGAAUCAUGAGGGACGUGAAUCCCAAAACUGGACAACAGGGUGGUGUAAUUUUGAACCUGAGCUCUAUGGGUGGCUGGUCGGGAUACCCAGGGAGCUCUUUUUAUCAUGCCAGUAAAUUCGCCAUGGAAGGAUGGACGGAGGCUGUGGCAAAGGAGUUGCCGGCUUCGUGGAAUAUUCAUUUAUGCAACAUCGAGCCUGGGGGUGUGAAAACCAACUACGCGACGUCUUCUCUUAAACACAUGGCCAAAAGACACCCGGCCUAUGCCGACCCUAACUAUCCCACGAAUGUCUUGCUAGCCUACAUGCUAGAUGAGGAAUGUCGCAGCUUGUGGUCAGAGCCGAGUGCUCUAGCUGCAGCAAUGUAUAAAAUUGUAAGCCGCGGUCAGCGAAUCCCGAUUCGAGUGCCGUUAGGAGCCGAUUCUUGGGGGAUGAUAGCAAAGGACCUCGAAGACACUAAGAAAGACCUGGACGAGUUGAAAGAGAUCAGCUUGAGUGUAGGUGACCCGAAGCAGCUGGACACUAUCAAUUUUUUGAAGUAGUCUAGGUGAUAUGAACACGAUUACCUCGCAGUUAUGUUCCAUAGUCUUGAUUUGCAAUACAAGAUUGAAGUGAUCCAACAGUUAUAGACAGAAGGCAUAGGGUGUCUUGAUUUUAAAAUACAGAAGUGCGCCUGCGUGGUAAAUACCCCUCAGGCACUUGACAACAAUACCAUCGCUAGGCAACCAGAUAACGACAAUAGUUCCCUAGCAACGCAGGAUAAACUUAUAAUAUGCAUUAACUGCCCCUCUAUCACUCCUGACCUGAAGAUACGAAGCCAAAAAGGCCGUGGCCUAGUGGUCUGAAGGGAAGACGGCGUAGAUAAAAUGCCUUCGCGGUGUUUUUCGAAGGUUCCGGGUUCGAGCCAGCGGCAGGGCGGCAUGGAAGGCCUGCUUGAUCUGUCAAGUGUGCGCAGUUCGAACUUUGGAACCUGCUUUUUU